AUGGUUGAUAAUUAUGAUUUUGGUGAUGAAGAUGACAAAGAAUGUGUUGUAACGAAGGUGAAGAGGACAAGUGGUUCGAGCCAAGCAAAUGCGCCAAAAAAGCCAAGGCAAAAAGGACUUAUUGAUGUGUUUUAUCCUCCUAACCCUUUAGACAUACUAAAAGGUAGGAAAGGAGGAAAACAACAAACCAUAAAUGAAAUUUGUAAAAAAGAAUCGAGGGACAAAGUUUGCAUGGAGAUUGCUCGGUGGUUUUAUGACGCGGGUAUUCCUUUUCACGGGGCCACCUAUGAUAGCUUUCAUAUUAUGUUGGAAGCUGUGGCACAGUUUGGUCCGGGAUUCCGAGCACCUACUAUGUACGAAUUGAGGGUGCCUUUACUUACAAAAGAAGUAGAGGACACUAAAUGGGAGAUUGAUAAUCACAAAAAGGAAUGGGCUGCCAAAGGAUGUUCUAUAUUAUCAGAUGGAUGGCGUGAUUCGACUGUCCAAAAAGAUAUUAUCAACUUCUUGGUUAAUUCUCCUAAAGGGUCGGUGUUUGUGAAGUUGAUAGAUGUAUCAGAGAUCACGAAGGAUGCUCAUCAGCUGUUGGGGAUGCUUGAAGAAAUGGUGGAUGAAGUAGGAAAGGAAAACGUGGUGCAAGUGGUGACGGAUAAUGCAUCUAAUUAUAAAUCGGCAGGUACGUACUUAGAAGCUUCAAGAAAGCAUUUGAACUGGACACCAUGUGCGGCCCAUUGUAUUGAUCUCAUGUUAGAGGAUAUAGAGAAGAUUCCAAAUAUCAAGGAGUGUUUGAAAAAAGCAAUGUUCGCGAACGCCUAUAUAUAUAAUCAUACUAAACUUGUGAAUCUAAUGAGAAGAUUCACGAAUCAAAGAAAUUUGCAUAGGCCCGCGGUGACACGGUUUGCAACAUCAUUCAUCACCCUUGCGCAAAUGCACAAGCAAAAGAACAAUUUGCUAAAGAUGGUCAUGUCCGAUGAAUGGAGGGGUAGCAAAUGGGCGAAGGAAGCGGGUGGGAGGAAAGUAGCAUCUACCUUUCAACAAGAAAGAUUUUGGAGAAACAUUGUUUAUGCUCUCAAGUUGACAGGACCGCUUGUUAAAGUUCUUAGGAUUGUUGAUGGGGAUAAGAAGCCCGCCAUGGGGUACAUCUAUAACGCUAAGACAAGGGCUAAGGAUGCCAUUGCAGCUAGUUUUUUGAAUAAAAAGCGGGAGUAUAAAAAAACCUUUGCGAUCAUUGACAAACGAUGGGAAUGUCAGCUUCAUAGCCUUUACAUGCUGCUGGAUUUUUUUUGA